UAUUAUUAUUGUCCGCAUUGUUAUAUACUGACAGAAUGAGUGAAUUAUUCGGAAGAUUAUCAAUAACAAGUGAUGACGACGAUCGUUUUAGACGUCAAUCCAUGAUACCAACAAAACCGCUAUUAGCUAAUACACCAGCUAUACAAAAACUUCAGUUGAAGCAUUUACCAAAUGUUGAUGCUAAACGAAUUAUAAGUCUUUUGGAUAAUUUAACAACACGUAUACUAUUAGUUUCUUCAUUCCCUCAAAUUGUGGAUAAAUUACAGGAGUAUUCAUUAAUUCUUGGACGAAAUGCAACUGUUCUUUUUGAAGCUUACAGUCCAUUAAGUAAAAUCUGCAAUGAACCAUUUAAUACUAGUACUGUUAUUACUAGACCAAAAUAUUUUGAAACAGAAACUACUGGAAAUGAUACAAAAAAAGCUGUUGGUUCACAACUAGAAGAGUUAACUCCUGGAGUAACAUCAGAAGAUCCACUGAUUACACCGAAAAGGAAUACUCAGAGAGUUAUAUCUCGUCUAUACGAUGUAACACGUUUGCUGCUUAGAGAUCUAAUGGCAAAUCCAUUAGCUGUAUCAGCUUUAAUUCGUCAUCGUGAACAAUGGGCUAUAGAACCGAGCAGUUCUUGUCGUAAAUUAGUCAAUCUUUUAGUACAUUUAAGAACAUUGACACGCAAUGAAUUACUAACAACACAAAAGGCUAAAAUUAAACGAGAUGAUUUUCUGGAUCGUUUACAUCGUAAAGAUUUAGAACAAACUAAACAAAUUGAAAUACUAACUGAAACCUAUAAUCAAUUAAAGUCUACACAACUUUCUCAGACUACUGAUAGAAUGGAUCAAAUUAAAGAAUUAAAGUCAAAAAUUCAACAAGUUCAAAAAGAAACACAAGAUCGAUUAGCAGGGUUCAAACAAGAUUAUAAUAUGUCACAAUGGACGGCUUACAAAAAACAUCAAGAAUCAGUUCAAACAUUAAAAAUGUUUUUGGAAGACGCUAAAAAUCAAUUGAAUGAAUUGACGAAAAAAUCUGUUCAACAUGAGCAUAAAUUACGUUCAGAAAAGUGGAAAAUUGAAGAUGUUAUUUAUUCGGGAAUAUUUAAAAAGGACACAGAUCUUUUUGAAAUGCAAGUUCAGUAUGACGAAUACUUUGAAGAAAAUGAAGUAGAACGUCUAGCUUGUCAGCAGUUGAGAGCCAAAGUUGAGCCGUUAAAAGCACUAGCUGAUGUUGUCUUAGAAGAAAGACGCUUGGAAGCUGAAAAGAAAGCUGCUGAAAUUGCUGAAAAGGAGAACAGGCGUAAAGCAGCUACUACAAUUCAAAGUUUAUGGCGUUCAUGGAAAGCACGUAAAACUAUUAAAGCUCAACGUAAAAAGAAAGGAAACAAAUAUGCAUUUAUAUAA